AUGUGCCCGCCCGAGGCCCAGGCGGAGGUGGGCCCCACCAUGACCGAGAAGGCCAAGAUGGUGUGUGCUCCCAGCCUGGUGCCUGCCCCGCCCCCAAAGCCUGCCUCGCCUGGACCCCCAAAGGUGGAGGAGGUGGGCCACGGAGGCUCCUCCUCACCACCCAGGCUGCCCCCUGGUGUGCCAGUGAUCAGCCUGGGCCACACCAGACCCCCAGGGGCAGCCAUGGCCACCACAGAACUCAGCACCCUCCGUCCCCCACUGCUGCAACUCUCUACCCUGGGAACCGCCCCACCCACCCUGGCCCUGCAUUACCACCCUCACCCAUUCCUCAACAGCCUCUACAUUGGGCCAGCAGGACCUUUCAGCAUCUUCCCUAGCAGCCGGCUAAAGCGGAGACCAAGCCACUGUGAGCUGGAGCUGGCUGAGGGGCAUCAGCCCCAGAAGGUGGCCCGGCGUGUGUUCACCAACAGUCGGGAGCGCUGGCGGCAGCAGAAUGUGAACGGCGCUUUCGCUGAGCUCAGGAAGCUGCUGCCAACGCACCCGCCCGACCGGAAGCUGAGCAAGAACGAGGUGCUCCGCCUGGCUAUGAAAUACAUUGGCUUCCUGGUGAGGCUGCUGCGCGACCAGGCGGCGGCUCUGGCCGCAGGCUCCGCCCCUCCAGGGCCCCGUAAGCGGCCGGCGCACCGAGGCCUGGACGACGGCGGUGCCCGUCGCGGGCCGUGUCGCAGGGCCGAAGUAGUGGUGCGCCCCCAGCCCGCGCCUUCCAGCGGCCCCGACAGCAGCCGCGGCGGGGCGGGCCGACCCAUCAAGACAGAACAGGCGGCUGUGAGCCCAGAGGUGCGAUGA